UUUCAUCACAUUUUCUUUAUUAUGUUACUCCAAGUUUCUCUUGAGUGGCAAAACUUUGAGGAUUAUCCCGAAAAUCAGUAUCGACAAAUUAAUAACAAAGAUUAUCCUUCAGAAGAAGAUUUAAAAGAUUAUUCGAAUGAUAAAAGCAUUAGUGAUGAACCUACCCCCAAAAAUAUACAGAAAACACUUGAACAUCUUGCCAGAUCGGGUAAUAUGCGAAAUAGUGCUGAUUGGCUAAGAAAACCGGAAAACAGACAAUUUCCGGAAAAGACAAAGAGAAAAGGGAAUAACAACAAUAUAUUUCCGGAAAAUGAAUUGGAGGAAGAAGAAAAUAUAAAAGAUUAUGGUAGAAAUAGUGAAAAUGUUGAAGAUGAAGAAAAUAGAAAAGAUGAAAAAGAAGAAGAUAAUUGGACAAACAAAAAAGAAGAAGAGAUAGUUGAGGAAUAUGAUGAUAAUAAUGAGGAAGAAGGAAUAGAACCCCCAGAAGUUGAUGAAAAGGAAGAAGAAACGGAUGGAAAUGAGGCGAAUAAAAAUGAGGCUAAAAAUAAUUUGAAAACUGAAGAAGAAAAUCCUUUGGAAGAAAAUGAUGAAAAUGAAUUGGGACCUGAUAAAGGAGGAAGGAAGGAUCCAAAUAAAUUGGAGGAGGAGGAAAAUGAAGAUGAACAAUUAAAUAAUAAGAAAGGGGGUAAAAAGCAGAAUAAAGAUGAAGAAGCAACAACUAAUUCAGGGAAUGAAGACAAUCCCACAGACAAAACAAAAGGGGUAGACGAACUUCAACCUCCCGAAAAUAAAAAGGGCGAUGACUUUGCCAACAUGGACGAAAAUGGAUCGAAGUUGACAGAUCAAGAAGAAAAUGAUAAAACUGAUUCAGGACCUCCUACAUCCUCUAAACAAGAGGAAAAAGAAGAAGAAAAGCCUAAAAUACCAGAAGACCAACAGAUUCAAACAACAACAGAAUCACCUUUGCCAACAGAAACACAGUCUAAUACUCCUCCUCCCCCAAUACCCAUCCCUCCACCAAUGCCCGCAAUUCCAGAAAUUCUUAAUACUACAACUCCAGCACCCAUCACACCUCCAAAUACUGAAGGGGAAGAAGAAGACAGGCCGAAUGACUGCAGUUCUGAUCCUGGUCAAUGGAGUGAAUGGAAAGAGACUGGGUUGUGUACGGCAGAAUGUGGGGCUUGUGGGUUGAUUCAAAGAACUCGUGAAUGUCUUUCUUAUAAAGACGGGAAAGGGUGCCCCUGUCUUGGAGAAUACAAAGUAACUGAGCCAUGCAACAUUGGAGUGUGUCCAUAUCCCAAACCUUCUUGUUGUAUGCCCUAUUCUCUGAUUUAUGUGGAAGGAAAUUUUGCCUGUGGGCCUAUGAAUGAGGCGAGUUUACCUUUUUUAAAUGUUUUAUUAUAG